AUGCUGCUGCUGCUGCUGAUGGCCAUGCUCUGGUGGAGGGAGGGGGCUGAGGGCCAGAGGGAGCCCUGGAGAUAUUACCAGGCUUACCAGCUGCGAGUACAGAGGACGGUGGUGGUGCCGGAGGGUCUGUGUGUGCGAGUACCCUGCUUCUUCACCUAUCCCCAGGUUGGCUGGAACGACUCUACCCCAGCUCAUGGCUACUGGUUCUGGGAAGGGGCCAAAACAAACCAGGACGCUCCUGUGGCCACAAAUGACCCAGAUAGAAAAGUGCAGGAGGAGACCCAGGGCCGAUUCCACCUUCUUGGGAACCCCCAUACCUACAACUGCUCCCUGGACAUCAGAGAUGCCAGGAGGACAGACAACAGAACAUACUUUUAUCGAGUGGUGAGAGGAAAACAAAAAUGGAAUUACAUAGAAGACUAUCUCUCUGUGCAUGUGAUAGCCCUGACCCACUUACCUGACAUUCUCAUCCAGGGGACCCUGCAUUCUGGUCACCCCAUGAAUCUGACUUGCUCUGUGCCCUGGGCCUGUGAGCAGGCAACACCCCCCAUCUUCUCCUGGAUGACAUCAGCCCUCACCGCCUUGGGCCCCAGGACCCAACGCUCCUCGGUUCUCACCCUCACCCCACGGCCUCAGGACCAUGGCACCAGCCUCGCAUGUCAGGUGAACUUGCCUGGGGCUGGAGUGACCAGGACAAGGACUGUCCUCCUCGACGUGUCCUACCCUCCGCAGAACUUGACCGUAACUAUCUUCCUUGGAAACAGCACAGCACCCACAACCCUGGAGAGUGGCUCAUCUCUUUCAGUCCAGGAGGGCCAGUCCCUGCGCCUGGUCUGUGUUGCCGACAGCAACCCCCCUGCCAGGCUGAGCUGGGCCCAUGGGAGCCAGACCCUGAGCCCCUCACAGUCCUUGAACCUCGGGGUCCUGGAGCUGCCCCAGGUGGAGUCAAGUCACGAAGGCAAAUUCACCUGCCAAGCUCAGCACCCUCAGGGCUCCCUGCACAUCUCCCUGAGCCUCUCUGUGCAGAGUGAGUGCACCGGAAAAGCAUGUCCUUUACCAGGAGUGAUGCUGGGGGCUGUCGGGGGAGCAGGUGCUAAAACCCUUCUCUUCCUGUCCUUCUGCAUCUUCGUCAUCAUAGUGAGGCGCCGCAGGAAGGAAGCAACAAGGCCAGCAGCAGGGGUGAGGGACACAGACAUGGAAAGUGCAAAUUAAGUCACGGGGUCAGUCUCUCAGGGUCCCCUGGUGAAAUCCUAGGCUGGCAGCCUCCCAGCCCACCCUCUCUCAGAUGUGCUUGCCCCUUGCUCAGGGCAGGAAGAAGAGCUCCGUUGCGCAUCCCUCAGCUUUCGUGGGAUGAAGCCUCG